GUCUUUCUGAUAUUACUAUGGAUUUUUUUAUCGUUCUUCUAUGUUGGUGCAAGAGGCUAGCAAAAUUCGACACCCAAUGUUCUGCUACCGGCAUACCACCAGAGGUGAAGCCUGGGAAUGAAGAAGGCUUCUUGCUUGUCUUUGAGACAAGUUAUCUGCAGUCAAACUGCAGGCUUAAAGUCCAGCUGCAUGGAACGAACGGUGUAUCAGACAUAUACACCGUGCGUGAUCCAAAGUGCAACCCGGAGUUUUUGGCUCCGGGUUCGUACAACGGACUUAUAAUUACGACACCCAGUACACUAGGGCAAAUUAAGUUCCUGAGGCUCAUGAGAGAAGGUCCAACGCAACACAGUUGGUAUUUGAAAAAAGUAGACUUAUUCUUCAAGGGCAAGAACAAGAAGCUUUUGUUCGAGGUCGACAAUUGGCUCACGUUUCAAGACCAGGACCAUGAGGACGUCUUCCCACUUGAGAUGUCUCAGAGGAAGGUGUUUAAAAUUAUGUUCGGAUUGAAUUUUCCAAGGUACGUUUGAUUUAGACAACCAUUCUUA